GUGUCUCCGAUCUUACCAUUUGAGUUUUGACACUUGUCAUUUGUCAAUCUCCAAAUCAAAACUCAGAAUUGCUUGUCGUACCAAAACGACUACGUGUUUUUAGAGUUAUUGGUUGUAGACUCCGGUCAGUAUGAGCGAGAAAAAGUCUAAGAUUCCCGAUCCGCCAGCGCCAGUGAGUGUGCCGGGCAAUCUACUGUCGAGUGUAGCGCCGCCAUCCCAGCUGCCCAACUUUGUCACCGCUGUGGUUCCUCCUGCGCCGAUUGCGCAGCCUGAAGCGCCCCAACCCGUUGCGCCACAAGUUCUUCAACCCUUACCAGUCCAGCCGGUCAUAGUUAAGAACAAAACCGACCAACAUCCCCAGGCAGCAGAAACAUUUAGUCCUGCUAUACCGCUGAGCAAAGGUGAACCAAUGCAGUCCAUAAGGUCACCAGAGGAUUCGCAAACUACCCAAUCACCUGAAUCUCUACCAGAAUCUUCACCUGAAAUUGAAAAAAUAGGUGACAUAAUGCCAGGAAGUGGAUUACUCACAUGGAUGAAGGGUGCUGUGUCAACUGGUGGUAUCCUGCAAAGGGUUGCAGAAAAGGCAAAGAGCUCAGUGGACUCUAUGAUAACAACCCUGGAUCCGCAAAUGAAGGAAUACCUUAAGAGCGGGGGAGAUUUAUUAGUGGUUGUAGCAUCUGACAAAGAUGUCAAAAUAUCACCAAUCAGGGAAGCUUUCCAGACUGUCUUUGGCAAAGCUACAGUGGUAGGGUACCCAGCACAAAGUGACGUGACUGCGGUUCAACCGGUCGGUUACGCCGCUGCGUACGCGGCCGCCAAGCAAAGGAUCGCGCACAUACGAUCAGUGCACUCGGACAUAAACAACAACAUCCCUGUUGUGGCUGUGGAGAACUUUCUGCACGAGGCUAUUGGUGAUCGGUGGUACGACGUGAGCCUGCUGGUGUUGUCGCAGCCGUCGCUGGGCAUCGAGGUGCAGGCGCAGUCGCAGGGCGCGGAGGUGGGCGCGGCCGCCGUGGCCGCCGCCGCCGCCGCCACGCCCGCGCACUACGAGCACGCGCAGACCGGCUACAGCGUCACCAUCGGAUCCAUCAUGGCCGACAGCUUGCAGGUACCCCACACACAGUGGCACGAGGCUUCGUGUGGCGUGUCACGGCGCGAAAUACUUGUGUUAGCGGCUCGCUCGCUGGCUGGCUCCUACAAACGACUACUAGCUGUAUCAGCGGCCGAGACUUAAAACAAACCCCAUUAUAUUGCGGAAUAAAUAUACUGAAUACACAAUACUAGGAGAGUGUGGGUAAGUUCGGAUCAUGGGGUAAGAUUGUUGGCUCAAAAUUACCGCUAAACCCUGGUUAAAACUAAUUCAAUGGCAAACAGUUGAGGUACAUUAUAAAAUGGCGCUUUAUUACUCCGUUAUCCGAAUUUAGCAUACUAUAUUUAAAUUAAUAAGAAAUUUGGUGUUCAUAUUAUUAUCGAAAUCAAUAAACUAUCCAAAUCGCUAUCUGCGGAUCGAUCCCGAUAUAAACCAAUUAAGAUAAAUCAUGUAAAUAUGUCACACAUGCUCUAUUCUGAUUUUAAUAAGGGCACGUCAAAGGGUCUUCGUCUGAUGGUAAGCGGAGUGGGGUCCAAAGGGAGUGUUUACCCCUCAUCAGUCGACAUAAUUAUGCCGGUCUGUUUGAACCGGAUAUAAACAGGCUGAUACCGGAACGCGACACAUUGGCGGGUUUUAACACCUUAUGUAUGGUGGUCGCUACCCGAUACAAAAUAUAUCUCAACACCAGAAAUCGGAUUGUAUUAUAUCGCGGAAGAACCAAAGGUAGCGAUUCGGUUAAUAUAAUAUUAAAAAUAUAUAUUGUAAUGUCAAAAAUUACUGGAUUUUUGAGGAAUCAGCGCACUACUUAUGACGUCAUAUAGCAGGUCCCCAAAUAUGUUUUACCUAAUAUCUAGAUUUUCCUUUAAUUAGCCUUACCCAUAUCUUUUGUCGUGUUGCCAUCGUUUUAAUGAGUGAUGUCAUCUAACAGGUUUAUAUUUAUACAGUGCUGUAUUCAGAUGUUUCUAUUGGGUUCUAUUCUCUUCUAUUUUAUACAGCCGUUUUCAAUAAACGUUCACAAUUUCAGUCUCCAAUCAAAUUCCAAGAAUGAACUAAUCAAAAUAACUCAUUUGUAAGCAUGUCAAAAAUACUUUGUUAUGAUUGAUCAAUUUUCGAGAUUGAUCAAAAAAAGCGAUUGGGAUCGUUUUUGAAAAUGGCAGAUAGUCGGCUCACACUAGGUCAGAUAAGAUGAUAAUGCGUGUGUAUAUACAUAAAUUAUUAAAUUGGCGAUUAGUUAACAUUGUUGAUAAGUUCCUGUAAAUUUUACCGAUCUAUAGUUCGGCAGAUACAAACUUUAGAUUUAUUUUUUGAUAAAAAUUUUCGUACGGCUUUCUUAUCAUUUAAAUUUAUUGAUACGAUUUAUUUUAAUUAAGUUUUUUUAGUAAUAAGAUAUGGAUUUAAUGAUAAAUAAAGUACCGUAAAACGGGGCGAAAUGUAACUCGCAAGGAAUAAAAACUGUACUGUGAUUAACCCCUUAUAUUUGGUAAAUGGUAAAAGAUAUCAACCAAUACCAAUUUCUUAAGAAUGUUUAUUAUUGGAUAGAAUGGUUAAGUUGUUUUAUCAAAACCUAGAUGUUGUAACAGUCAUGCGCCAUGCUUUAUAAAAAAAAAAAAUCUUUUUUCAUGAAAUUAAAUCACUGGGAUAAAAAUAGUGGAAGUGUUAAUCCACGACAUGGUUUAACGGUGUGCUAAAUUUCAUCCAAAUACGUAUUUUUUUUUGCGAUUUUUUUUUACGAACAUACAAUUUAUUGCAUUUAUUAUUAAAGUAAGAUAAGUUAACCUUUUUCUUUUCAUUCACAAAGUAACAUGUUCUCCUCGUUUUACUGUAUUUAAAUUGACUUGAAUUGAAUGACUGCCUCGGUGGAGUAGUUGUAUUGGGUGCGCGGUAAGACCGAUAGCGUAGCUUGCCAUAAAGGAGCCCUAUAUCUGUAUUUGUUGAGGGCCCUUCAGGGCAGUGCGAAGUUUUGGGCGCCCGCUUAGUUUAAUGUAAGUAUGCACCAAGAGGGGCCCCAAAGUUCGGGGGCCCCGUAUCAUUGAUGCUGCUGAUACAGCGGUAGCUACGCCCCUGGUUAAGACUAGACAAAGUAUUCACUUUGAGGUCCCAGGCUCGAAUUCCGGAUCGGGUAAAAUGAUGUGGGUUCUUCUAUUAUAUAUCAGCCGGGAUACGGGGACAGGUUCGCGCCCUAAUAUAAUAGGACAAAAGACAGGCCAAAGCUGGUACACUAGUUGCAUCUCUGCCUACCUUUUUGGGGAUGAAGACGUGGUGUAUGUAUGUGUAGGGUUUGAAUUAAAUAUUAGAAGUGUAAUGUAUCAUGCUAAUCAAACUUGUAACAAUUGGUGUCUAUUAGAGUAUCUGUGUGUAGUCUAAAAUAGUUAUUAUAUUUACCAAUCAGUUUCAGAUGUAGAUAUGUAACAAGCAUAAUGUUAUUAAGUCAGUUCAAUAAUAAAACAAAUGAAUAAACACUGUUUUCAUUUGAAAAUCGUGUUUAAUUAAUUUUUGUUUAGUAUAAUGUGUCUUAUAAUCCUAGCCUUAUAUUUUAAGCAUAUUUACUUUAGUUUUUAUUAAUUUAGUUAUAAAAAUGGCGGUUUGAACCUCCGCCGUCUUGGAUUCGACUGUAAACAUAAAAUGAACAGCUAUCUAACAAAAAUUUCAAUACAUAACUACUGUAAAAUAAAUAAAAAACGAUAGUCUUAUUACAAAUAAGCAUAUUUUUUUUUACAUCACACAUGAUACAAAGGCGGACAAAAUGCCAUAGACAUUACCGAUCAGUUAAACGGAGUUCGUGCACAAAAAAAUCUUAUAAUGAGGAUCAAUAAUUUAUAAAGCAAGUUGUUCUAUAUUUAUGCCUAAGAUAUUACAUUAUGUGUGUGCUUUUGAUAUAUGUAUAACCUGUAUAAGAACAGUUUCCAUGAAAUAUGUUAAAAAAUAAUGCAACUAACAUCCUUCAGGGUUGCUAUGCUUAAAAAUAGUUAGUGCGCCUAUUAAAAUAAAAAAGUAUUGAUCUGGUGGACAUUGUACGAUUUCUAUUUUACUAAAAUAUGUGAAUAGGUAUAAUAUCUAUAAUUGUAUGUAACUAUGACUGUAUGUAAAAGACUUUAUUGUAAAUAAAUUUAAUAAUAUAUUUUUAUUGCAAGUA